UCAACGGGUCAGCCGCCAGGAAGCGACACAUUGAAAACAGCGACUCUUCAACUGCUGUUUUGUUUCAGUAACUGGAGUUUUACAAAGUCGUUCAUUUCAGGCUGGAGGGAUAAAAUAAUUAUCUUCAGUAAAAAUGAGCUUCGCGGUCUCAUCGUAUGAGGGGUUGGUUCAUGCCGUAUCAGGAGCGAUGGGAAGCGUGACUGCGAUGACAGUGUUCUUCCCUCUUGACACCGCCAGACUGAGGCUUCAAGUGGAUGAAAACAGGAGAGCCAAAUCAACGCCAGCCAUUCUGGCAGAAAUAAUCAAAGAGGAAGGACUAUCAGCCAUGUACAGAGGUUGGUUCCCGGUCAUCUGCAGCCUGUGCUGCUCCAACUUCGUUUACUUCUACUGCUUCCACAGCCUGAAGGCCGGCUGGCUGAAGGGAAAGCAGUCGACGCCGAGCACCGACCUCGUCGUGGGCUUCGCCGCAGGUGUUGUAAACGUGCUGCUCACUACUCCCUUGUGGGUCGUCAACACCAGGCUGAAGCUUCAGGGUUCCAAGUUUCGCAACGCGGACAUCCGGCCCACCGACUACCGCGGCAUUCUGGACGCAUUCGCUCAGAUCGUCCGCGACGAGGGCGUGGGGGCUCUGUGGAACGGGACCCUCCCGUCUCUGCUGCUCGUGCUGAACCCCGCCGUCCAGUUCAUGAUCUACGAAGGCCUGAAGCGGCAGAUGAGGAGAGGCCUUCCGAGGGAGCUGUCAUCUGUCGAGGUCUUCAUCGUCGGCGCCGUUGCCAAAGCGGUUUCCACCGUCGCUACGUACCCGCUACAGACUGUACAGUCCAUUCUCAGGUUUGGUCAGUUCAGCGAGUCGAGGGACGAGUCCAAACUACGCUCCAGCCUCCGCAUCAUCAAGUGUCUGUUGGUCAACAGAGUCAGGACGUAUGGCAUGGUGGGUCUGUUUAAAGGCCUGGAAGCCAAGCUGCUGCAGACGGUGCUGACCGCCGCGCUCAUGUUUCUUCUCUAUGAGAAUAUUGCCAGCUGCACCUUCAGAGUCAUGGGACUGGGCAGCAAGCACCACAAGAGACACUAGCUUGCUUCUCAACGACGGACGUUUGACCAAAUCAAAGCACUGACUGGCUGUAGCCAUCGCUGCUUACAGAGCUGCUGAUGAGGACUUUAACAAGAACCACGUUUUUAUUAUCUCUGAUGGUGACCUCAUCCCACAAAUACUCUAACCAAUAAAAAACGACUGGUCGA